ACGUUAGUCUGUUUUGGGCUUUUCCAUCUGCCCAAAUCGCCGAGACAAGACUGCAGCUUGUAUCCAGUGGACGGGAUAUUCGGGUUUCUGCACACACACAAAUCGAGAGUCGAUUUGUUCUUGAAAAUUAUUGCCUUGAUCACCAGCAGGUCAACUGUUGAGGUGACAUUUUACAAGACUCGUCCUGUCCUGCUCUUUGGUGUGUCAACUGGGGUGUGGCACAGAGUUGUGCAACUCAGAGCUGGGAGAACAGGGUUGCGCGCGGCCCCCGUUGUGGAUCCCCAACUCAGCAGGCCAGUGGUGGCAGGCUCAGGCAGAGCGUAGGAGGCCAUGAGUGGUCAGGCGGGGGCGCGGUCCCGGCGGAGCCGCGAGCGGGAACAGGGUAUGGACGCCACGUGCUGGCUGUCCCCCGGAGCCCUGCGGAGGCUGAUCGAGCUGCCGGCCCCGCCGCUCUCCCGUCACCAGCUGAAGCGGCUGGAGGAGCACCGCUACAGCAGCGCGGGCCGCUCCCUGCUGGAGCCCAUCAUGCAGCGCUACUGGGAAUGGCUGGUGUGCCGCAUGCCCGCCUGGAUCGCUCCCAACCUCAUCACCAUCGUGGGCCUGGCCACCAAUGUCUUCACCACUUUGGUGCUGGUUUAUUAUUGUCCAACUGCCACUGAACAGGCACCUCUGUGGGCGUAUCUUUUGUGCGCAGUGGGCCUGUUUAUUUACCAGUCCUUGGAUGCCAUAGACGGGAAACAGGCCAGACGUACCAACAGCAGCUCUCCGCUGGGGGAACUUUUCGACCAUGGCUGUGACUCUCUUUCCACAGUGUUUGUAGUCCUGGGCACCAGUAUUGCUGUACAGCUAGGCACCAAUCCAGACUGGAUGUUCUUCUGCUGCUUUGCAGGCAUGUUCAUGUUUUACUGCGCCCACUGGCAGACCUAUGUGUCUGGUACCCUGCGCUUUGGCAUCAUUGAUGUGACUGAAGUGCAAAUCUUCAUUAUUAUCAUGUAUUUGCUGGCUGCAAUUGGAGGAUCCGCUUUUUGGCAGUCUCCGAUUCCAGUAAUAAACAUCCAAAUGAAAAUAGUUCCUGCAAUUUGCACUUUCAUAGGGGCCAUUUUCUCAUGUACAAAUUACUUCCGGGUUAUUUUUACUGGAGGUGUGGGUAAAAAUGGAUCCACAAUAGCAGGAACAAGUGUCCUAUCUCCCGUCUUGCAUAUAGGCUCUGUCAUUAUUCUUGCCAUGAUGAUCUAUAAGAAAUCAGCUGUCCAACUCUUCGAAAAACACCCCUGUCUUUAUAUUUUGGCAUUUGGCUUUGUUUCAGCCAAAAUAACCAACAAAUUAGUUGUUGCACAUAUGACAAAAAGUGAAAUGCAUCUUCAUGACGUAGCUUUUCUUGGUCCCGGCCUUUUGUUUCUCGACCAGUAUUUCAACAGUUUUAUUGAUGAAUACCUGGUGCUCUGGAUUGCACUGAUCCUGUCCUUCGUUGAUUUGGUGCGCUACUGUGUCAGUGUUUGCAAUCAAAUCGCCUCUCACCUUCACAUCUUCGUCUUCAAAAUCAAGCCACUCACCACAGCACCAAUUCAGUGAGGGCUAUCACCGUUAAUACCUUUCUUAUGGAUUGUUACAGUGUUGUUUUCUAUGUUCCUUAUUUUCUCUAAGACGGUUUAGAAGAGAUGCACCA